AUGAUCACCAUUAAUCUUCAUCACUGUUUCUGUUUUCUCUCUUCAGGUAAUAACACGUGUUUUUACGGAAAGUGUUACUACUGUCGGGAGACGGAGCCGGCGUGCGCAGAGGGAGAAAUCAUGGAGGGGUCUUUAACCCUUUGGCUGCCGGACGUCUGGCCUCUGCAGAAACACAGGCACCCGUGGGGACGCACAUACAGAGAGGGGAAAUUGGCCAGGUGGGAGUAUGACGAAAGUUACUGUGAUGCGGUAAAGAAAAUGCCCCCCUAUGAUGCUGGGCCAAGGUUACUGGACGUCAUCGACACGGCUGUUUUUGAUUAUCUGAUUGGGAAUGCAGAUCGGCAUCACUAUGAGAGUUUCCAGGAUGAUGGAGGAGCCAGCAUGCUCAUCCUGCUCGAUAACGCAAAGAGUUUUGGGAAUCCUUCUUUGGAUGAGCGAAGCAUCCUGGCACCACUCUAUCAGUGCUGCAUGAUUCGAGUGUCUACGUGGAACAGGCUAAACUUCCUGAGAGGGGGAGUUCUAAGUUCAGCUAUGCGGCAAGCUCUGGCUUUUGAUCCCAUCCAUCCGGUUCUGACUGAACCACACUUCGCAGCCCUGGAUCGGCGUUUGUCUGGAGCCAUAACAACUGUGAAACAGUGCAUAGAAGCACAGGGCCCCGAUAACACUCUGAUAGAAGACAGAAUGAAUCUCCCACAUCCUUAAAAUUCAGUCCCGAGGAGAACAUUAGUCACCUCUGGUCUGUGGUGCAGGCUCGAGAGGAGGUGCAGAGUAUUGACAGGAUGGACUAAAGACAAUUUGUAUCUUCAUUCCUUUUCUUUUUAUCGAUGGUCCGAGUUCUCCAAAAGGAAUCGCAUGACAGAGUUGGAAACACAACGCUUUUAUUUGUAAAAGCUUCCUCUCAGGACUGUUUACACAAGGAUAGCUUAAACUGCUAGACCUGUCUUACU